UACACCUAACAAGCUUGCAAUCUCCUGAGAACACUCAGACUGAGCACCUAAGAUGUCUGUAAGGACAACCUAGAACCUGCGUUGACAUUAAUUCAGCAAUCUCCGCAUCCCGCCUGCUCCAUAUACACAAUGACCGUGCGACCGCUUUGGGACAGACGCGACUCCUACUGGAGGCGCCACUCGCGGCUUGUUGCCCUCUGCUUCAUUGUGCUUUUUGCCCACUCGUGUUUGCCUCUGGAGGUGUCGGUAGGCAAGAAUAACCUGAUCACAGCUAUCAAUGGGUCUAAUGUAACGCUCCCCUGUACUUUCAUGGCCUGCAUUGGCUUCAGUGGUGUUACCUUCUCUUGGGUAUACAGCUCUCUCAACAGUUCGCUUAAACCUGAGGACCUUUAUAAAGGGACACUGAAGGACAAGAAGUCAUCCCCUAAACCUGAAGUCAUUUUCAACAGGAAUGAACGUAUGGAUCGGGUACAGCUUGUUCCCAACAAUACAACCAAAGAUUACGAACUAUCCCUGCUUUUGAAGAAUGUGGAUUUUGAUGACAUUGGGCGCUAUACCUGUGUUGUGAAGAAUGAGAAAGAAAAGGGUGCCACACACAAUGCCACCAUUAUACUGAAAGUGGUAGACAAAUUUGAGGAUGUGGAUAACACACUGACUCUAAUUAUCGUGGCUGCAGUUGGUGGAGUGAUUGGACUUCUUAUACUUAUCCUAAUAAUGAAGAAAAUUAUUACCUUCAUUAUUAAGAGGAACCGUGACAAGAAGAAGGACUGCCUUGUAAGCUCUUCUGUUAAUGACAAUACUGACAAUGCCUCCAAACAAGAAAGCAAGGCCAAACCCAAAGCAUGAUUUUCCAAACCAUGGCAUAGUUACACAAUGGACCCAGGACUUCCAAGAAUGGAUUGUGAGGCCAAUCCAAGCAAGAUCACCGACAUUGCAGGCACUGUUAAGAGAGGCAGAGCACCCUCUAUUUGUGAUGUGAAACACGUUCAGCAUGAUACUCUUUGCAUAACAACUCCCACUUUGCAAUCAGGGUUCAUCCAAGAGUCUAGGUUUAGGCUUUGUAGCACCCAGUAAUAAUAUAUAUAUACUGCAUAUACAUAUGCCCUGGUGCAGAACACUAAUGUGAAUGAAAAAUUGAUUAUGGUGCUUUUGGGGGAAGGUAAAAGAGGGUGCAAAUAUAAAGUUGACAUAACAGGGGAUGAGCUUGAAUGUAUGAUUAGGCUUCAACCCUUUAGGCACUGCUGGGUUGAAGUGAUAUACAUUUGGCUUUAGAGGGCAUCCCAAACACAUACAGCAGUUGUAUGUACGGUAAACCUAAGCAUUAUCAUACCUGUGAUAUUCCUUCACCUCUAAUACUGACAAAGGUCAUAAAUAGCAUGCUCUUAUCCUAAGCACACGCUGUGGGAAAUUCCCAAAUAUUGGCGCAAUCAGUGCAGUCCCGCACAGCAACUAAUUAGUACUUUGCUUUGAUUCGUUUGCUAAUGAAAGCAAGAUUUUGGCUAUGCAUUAUUGCAUGGGGCAAAGUUACACUACCUAAGUGACUUUGUCCUAUUGACAAUUGUAUGAAUUUAGUUUCAAUGUCUAAUUCCCAGUUCAUGCUUGAACAUAGGGAGACCUAGAAACCAAUAAGAUAUUUUUACUCAGAGAAGGGGUGCAAAAAUAGACCUCUUUGCAAAUGUUCACUGCUUGGAAAUGGUUGUUGUAGUGUAUGCAGGUCAAAGUGGGGGGUUCAAAACCUUUCUAAGCACUGCAAACCCCAAAAUUAGUAUGGACUGUUUGUGCAUCUCUCCAGUUAUCUGCUGCCUGCACAUUUGGCUGCCAAUCCACAAGUGGAUGUCCGCGACCCUGUAGGCCCUCAGUGGGUAUUGCUGCUGCUUCUUAUAUUAUGAAUGUAAUAAAACUUAUAUAAUAAACACUGAUUAUAUAAAUAUUUA